AUGCAAGCUGUGAAAAUGAAUAUCCAUCCAUCUCACUCACAACAUUCGUCCAACACUUCACAAUCGGUGUUCCUCCCCAAUGAGCUUGUAACUGAAGUACUUUCCUCCCUUCCUGUGAAAUCUUUUAUGCGAAUGAGAUGCGUGAGUAAGUUCUCUAAUUCUCUCUUUACCAAUCCUUUUUUCAUCAGAAUGCAUCUUCUUCGAUCUGCUCGAAACCCUCACCUUGCACUUGUCACUAGCAAGACCAAAAAUGUCGUACCCUUACCAGUAUGCCAUUUACUCGAAAAUCCUCUGAUCACCCUUACUGACGAACCUCAUUACCUUAUGGACGAUGUUUGUUUCAACCAAUCCAAUAGCCGUGUCAACCAUCGUGUUGUCGGUUCAUGUAAUGGAUUGAUCUGCUUGCUCAUUUUUUCAAUUUUGGAUCAAGAUAUAACAUUUCGUUUCUGGAACCCAUCCACUAGAACAAUAUCUAAAGCAUUAGGUCAUUUAUGUUUUUCGAGUGAUAGGGUUAAUCGACGCCAUCAUAGGGUUAGUCAAUAUAGAUCUUUAAAGUUCGUAUUUGGUUAUGAUAAUUUAACCUCUACUUAUAAGGUUGUGUCCCUAAAUUUUCAACCUCGCAAUAGGAUAACCGAGACAAAAGUUUUUAGUUUGGUUGAUAAUGUCUGGAGAAAUAUUCAAAAUUUCCCUGCGGCUCCACUUCAGUUUGUCUAUCGCUUCCACCCUGUCUAUCGCUUCCACCAUGACUAUGAUGGUGUUUAUUUGAGUGGCACUGCGAAUUGGUUGGGUGUUUUUGAAUACAAGGUUAAAUCUCUUGAGAAUUAUGUUAUUAUUUCUCUUGAUCUGGGAACCGAGACAUACACGCAGAUGCAUCUUCCUCAUGGUUUUGUUGAAAUGCCUUGA